GUGAUUUCAGACGGGCUUGGCAAUGGCACGGCUCAUCUACAUUGACAAUCUUCGGAGCGCUCUGUCAGUGCUGGUGGUUGGGCAUCACAGUGCCCUCGCGGUGUCCGGACUCGGUAGCUGGUACUUCUCGGUGAGUGAACCCCACUUAGAGGAACCCAUUGCGUCAGCAGUGGUAGCAACCCUGCUGUUUACCACGCAAGCCUUCCUCACGGGGUUGUUGUUCUUGAUAGCCGGCUUGCUGACUCCCAGAUCUUUGGCUGAGAAAGGUGCGUGGAAAUACUUCUUAGGGAGACUUUGGCGGCUGGCACUCCCAGCUUUGCUUGUAGGGCUUCCGGUUCAUCAUUUCUCGCAAUGGCUCGGCGAUCAAUUCAGUGGGGGAGAAGCCUCGACUCUCGACUUUCGUCUCAGCUCUGGGCCUGGUGUGGCCUGGUUUGAGCUUUGGCUGCUGGCCUUUGAAACAGUUUUUCUGCUUGUGUCCCCCAAGCAGGCAAGGCGCGCACUCAAGAGUGUAGGUCGCAGCGUGAAUCUUGGUAGCAUAUUCCUAUGUGUAGUCUUUUUGGCAUUUGUUCAAUUUGCCGUCGAAAUGCAUGUGGCGAAGCCACUUGCUAGUGUUUUUCCUCAUUGGCGUGGGCUAUCACAUCACAUCAUUCACACGCCACUGUAUGGCUUCUGCUUCGGGUGCGGUUCACUUUGUGAAACGAGCUUGCUGACCAUGUUGAGUGCUCAUGCACGGCCACUGGGCAUUGCCUGUGCAUUGUCGAUGGGGCUUUGCUUUCUUUUCGCGCUGGGGCGCGAUCAAACACAGCCUGAAAGGGCGUCAAACUCACUAGCAGUCGCAAUUGGUGCGUUGAUGACCGUCAGUGUAUGCGCAGGGGCGUCCAUUCGGCUUCUCGUUGCCUUUGAGGCCUAUUUCUCCAAGAGGUCCCUGUUGAGCGAUUUGUCUGGUUUGAGCUAUGCAGUGAACUUAUUGCAUCCAAUGAUUGUGGUGCUGCUUACUCCACUUGUGGCAACACUUUCGCUGGGAUUGAUCAGUCAAAUAGCAAUCCUGUGGGCUUCCUCCGCAGCUGUGAGCUAUGGAGUUGCUGGUUUGAUUCGUUGUAUUUCAAUCGUGUGAAAGAUUCUGUAGCAUUCUGCCAUUCCUAUCUCUCAAAAGCACUUGACACCGACAGCGGCAAUCUUCGUCCUGGUCGCAGAUUAUGAGAUUGGGAGAGCGCAUUGGACGAGUGAUCCUCUUCAGCCUCCAAGCUUGGUUUAGUAAUGGAUCUAUCAGGAUGUGCUUGAUUCUCUUGCAGUGUAGGCCAUGGGAUUCCAGCUCAAGCAGCUCUUCGUGAGAGGGCUUUGUAAAGAAUCUAGUGGAGUAGCGGCAGUCAAAUAACUUCCACACAGGCCACCUGCAAGCUAUUGAUUGAUACCCGUGAGAAGGCUUGGGCAUCGUGGGCAAACUAUAUAAUUUGUGCUCCGGGCUUGUGAGGGAAUUCUGUGCCGUCGAUACUUUUCUUGUAAAGUGUAUCGGAC